CUCGGAAUUACUCGGGUUUAAUGAGGUAGCAGACGAAAUGGACCCCAUUGCACGUCCAGAAUUUUGGAGUUGUCUUGAUAAACUAUAUCACAGUUUCCCAAAAGAAAACAGCAACACGACAAAUGUUCCAAAAAGAAUUCUUUGCAAAUCUGAUGUGUUACUAAAGAUACAAACCGUCAUGAAUGAUGUUAUGGGACAGAUGUCCUCAGGAGAAUCACCCACCAUGAAACAUAUCAAUAGAUCCACAUGGGAAAAUAUAAGUUUUAAAGAGAAUAUCGGCCUACAGAUGGUGAAUGAUCCAAAAAUGACUACUGUCAGAUACGAAUCUCCUCAAUCAACAAAAAAAUUUGCCUUGAUGAUGAAAGUAAUGUCUAUCAUGUAUACCUUGGUCCAAACAGACAAAUACUGUACCAAAAGAGAUUUGUUUUAUCAGGAUCCAACAUUUUUUGGUAAUCAGUUAGCUGUUGAUGAAGCUGUUGAUAACAUAUCUUGUAUGUUACAGAUUCCAAGAUGGCAUCUUCAUGUGCUUGGAACAUCGAAAGGAUUACUUGCUGGUGAUUUGUCUUUCCAAGAUGCUGAUGGAAAUUUUACCAAUUGUAAUUCUACAAAAAAUGGUGUCAUGGUGCCAUCACAUGUAAUGGGAAUAAGUUUCCUACAAACAAAUGCAAAGUUUGUCUUGAUUAUAGAGAAAGAUGCUACAUUUCAAAAGUUAUUAGAUGAUGGCUUUCAUCUGAAGUUUAAGCAGUGUAUACUGGUAACUGCAAAAGGUUUUCCUGACAUGAAUACAAGAUUGCUGUUGAAACUUCUGUGGGAUAAAUUCCAUAUACCUAUGCUGGCAUUGGUGGAUGCUGACCCUCAUGGAAUAGAAAUCAUGUUAAUCUACAAAUAUGGUUCUAAGGCCUUAGCAUUUGAGUCAGAAUAUCUUGCUGUACCUUCUGUUCGAUGGCUUGGUAUUUUACCAACAGAUAUCAAAAGGUUUGGGAUAGAUGUAGAUAACUGCAUAUCACUUACAAGUGGAGAUAAAAACAAAAUUUCUGACUUACUUUCAAGGCCAUUUUUGUCAAGUUUUCCAGGACUGGAGAAGGAGAUUAAACUUAUGUUGGAAUUAAAAGUGAAGGCUGAAAUACAGGUCUUAGACUCCCUAUCACCUAUCUUCUUAUCAAGUGUUUACCUUCCCGGAAAACUGCAGUAUGGUGGAUGGAUAUGACUGAUGUUUUAUAGGAAAUUAGAUAUUCUGUGAUAAUGAAAAACUUUCAAGAUUUGUACCUAUUAUUUGUCUGUGAUAGCCAGAAAUUCUGGCAGUUUAAUUUAUUACAGCCUGAAAGGCAUUUAAUAUGUUAUUUCUGUUAAACAUAGAUAAAUAAAGAUUGACUACA